UCCCAUAGCGGCAGGCUUGAGAUCAGCGCUGAGAGGAACAGCAGCCUCACAUCACAAGAUCAAAUGUAGAAAUAUAUGAGACAGCGAUGGAGGACGGGCUGGUGUCCGAAGACGAUAUAUUGCUGCGCUCGGAGAAGGAGUUUCAUGAUGCUGCAAAAAGAAAUGAUACUGACAAAAUGCAAGAGCUUAUCGGAAGAGGGAUGGACGUCAAAGUCAAAAAUAAGAUGGACCGUAAGGCCCUGCACUGGGCAGCCGGAGCCGGCAGUGAGCAGGCGCUGCGACUCCUGCUGGACCACGACACGGAGGUUGAUGAUAUGGACAGCUUCGGUAUGAAUGCUCUGCUGCUGGCCGUGUGGUUUGGUCACCUGUCAAUCCUGAAAAUCCUUGUUUCAACUGGGGCGAAGCUCACCUGUGAAAACAAAAACGGCUUGAAUCUGCUGCGUUGUGCUUCUCAGAGGGGUCACAUCAGCAUCCUGGAGUACAUCAUGGAAGAUCUGGAAGACGUGCAGCUCAAUGACGUGGACAAGUCAGGCAAGACUGCGUUUCAUUUGGCCGCAGAGCACGGACACCUGGAGGUGGUGGAGUUUCUCAUUGGUAUGGGCUGUGCACAUGACCUCAAGGACAAGGAGGAGAACACGGCUGCGCAUCUGGCGGCUAAGCAUGGUCACAGCGAGGUCCUCCAGAAGAUUGUGGAGACAGGGGAGAAGAUCGAUGAAAAAAACAUUGAUGGUUUGACAGCUUUGCAUUUGGCAGCUGAAGGAGGACAUUAUGAGUGUCUUAGAUUACUGCUGGAGUCUGGCUGCAAUAUCAAUGAGCUCACCAACAAGAACGGGACAGCCCUUCAUCUGGUGGCCCAGCACAGUUCAGACAGAGAGAUCAGACUGCUGGUUCAGGCUGGGAUAAACCUGGAUUUAGUCGACACUCAACACGCAUCAGCUCUACAUCUGGCUGUUCUCAACAACUCUACAGAAAUAGUCAAGGUUCUUAUUGAUGCGGGGUGCGACCUGGACAUCUCUGACAACCGGCUUCAGACUGCUCUGCACAUAGCGGCUGAACACGGACGGCACAUCAUCGCUGAAAUGAUCCUCAUUUCUGGAAUCAACCUCAAUCUGACCGACAAGCAGGGAAAGACUUCACUAGAUGUUGCUUCCCGAGGCACCCAUGUGAACAUCGUUGACAUGAUUAUCAAAGCUGACCGAUUUUACCAAUGGGAAAAGGAGAAUGUGAACAGUGACUGUGAGUGUCUGGUGGGAACAAGUCUCAGCUUUAAGCCAGACCAUCAGCAGGAAACACAACACAUCCGCUCUGUCUUAUGGAAACUGGCCACGAAGUAUUUAAGACCAGGAGAGUGGAAAACUCUGGGCAAAUGCUGGAAGUUCUCAGAAGCACAUAUACGAGCCGUAGAACAUCAGUGGACAGGUACGAAGAGCUACAAGGAGCACGGGCACAGAAUGCUGCUGAUCUGGCUGCACGGUGUGCUCAACGCUGGAGAAAACCCCAUUAAAGGAUUGUAUGAAGGUCUGAUCGGGAUCGGAAGGACCGAUCUGGCAGAGAACGUACGACAGCAGGCUAAUUCAGAUCCAGCUUCUGCUAAAAAGUGCUGCACAAUGUGAAGGGCAAAUACAAUGUGAAACGUCUGCAUUUGCCCAAAGGAACAAUCUGGAGUUUGAAAACAGAGACCGCUGAAUGAAAAACAACGAUGAUGACUGUGAUGUGAAGAACAUUUUACUGGUUAAAACCUUGAAGGGUCACUACAGCACCACCACUACUGUAUUCACGCCAACAUUUGCAGAACUGAAUUUCAAUGGGACAAAUAAUUUGAAUGAGUACAGCAAGUGUUUUCUUUAUAUAAAAGCUUUUGUAGAAACUUCUCACAUAAAUCUACCAUUUUGAAUGAAUAGAAACGGUUGUUAUGAAUGAUGAAUGAAUACGGUAGUGAAUGGAUGGAGGAAUGAAUGAUUGUUAAUUAUGUAUAGUACACUACAAAGAGUAAAUAAAUGAACAAAUGAAU